AUGUUUUAUUAUAAAAAUAUUUUUAUAUUGAUCUCAUUAUAUACUUCUCUUGUAAAAUCAAUAGAUUCAAACGCUAGACAGAAUGCCAGUGAACGAGAUCUUAUGGAACAUGUAAUGAAGGAUUAUAGCCCCCAUAUAAGGCCUGUUAGAAACUAUUAUCAAGUUAUAAAUGUUACUGUUCAGCCUCAAAUAUAUAGUUUAGUCGAUGUGGAUGAAAUACAGGAACAGAUCAAAUUGCUCAUCUGGUUUCCACAGAGUUGGACUGAUGAAUUUCUUACUUGGGACCCCGAGGAUUGGGGAGGAAUCGAAAAGAUGAAUUUACCUAUUUCUCAAAUCUGGCUUCCUGAUGGCUAUAUAUUCAACACGGUUGAUACAACUGACCCACUUACUCAACAUAAUGCUCGAGUUCGCUACGAUGGUAACGUAGAAGUUGAUUUUAAUAAAUUAGUUGUUGUAACUUGCCCUAUGUCUGUUCUCGAUUUCCCUUUUGAUAAUCAAGUUUGUAAUCUUCAAUUUGGGUCUUGGAGCUAUCAGACUCAUCAACUCAACUUCAUAGUCAAGACAACAUUCGUACCGAAAAAUGCUCAAAACUCUGAAUGGGAUAUCAUCUCAUUUGACGGAGAGAAGAAGAAAACGCAGUACGAAAACACAGAAGGUGGAAUGUAUGAAUAUGAAGAAAUUUUCUAUUAUUUGAAGUUAAAGAGAAAGCCUCUCUACUACGUCAUUGUUAUAAUCGUUCCUUCGUUUCUUAUCGUCACUGUCUCAUGCAUCGGAAUAUUCACUCCUCAUGGUGUUCAAGGAGAUCGAGAAGAAAAGGUUUCGCUAGGCUUGACAACCAUGUUGACCAUGUCCGUCAUUCUUGACAUGGUGACAAGUCAAAUGCCGAAAAGUAGUGAAGGAGUUCCGUUAUUAGGUCGAUAUGUUUUAAUAGAAUUUGUUAUAUCAAUAGCAGCUGUACUAGUUUCCAUUUUAAUAAUCUUUUUACACGAAAGAACGGGAUACAUGAGAACUCCACCUCCAAGAUGGCUUCGGAGGUUCUUCAACAUCGACGAUUAUCACUUAGAUGUUGAAGAGCACAUUCAAGCUAAAACCUGUGAAACUGUGGAAGAAAUCCGGAAUUGCAUUUCAAUGCUUCGCACUUUCAUAGAGGAUCAGGAAACAACGGAGGAGAUUCGAAUAAUCUGGCAAAGAGUUUUCUCAUGGGCCGACUUGUUGUCAAUGGUCUUUUUCGUAAUCGUGAACUUCAUCGUCACUUACACAACUUUCAUGAACUACACACUUGAAUAA